AUGUCGCCGCAGGCUGCGAAAGUUACGGUCCUUGACAGAUCUGAAGUCGCUCCUCCGCCGGGGUCGGUGCCGGAAUCCUCUCUCCCUUUCACCGUCUUUGACAUAGUAUUACUCUACGCUGAACCACCAGUUCAGCGCCUUUUCUUCUACUCUCCUGCCCACUUCCUCGACUCCCUCCUCCCCACUCUCAAAUCCGCCCUCUCCCUCACUCUCCGGGACUUUUACCCACUGUCCGGCAAGAUCCGCCUCCACCCGGGUAGCCACGACAAGUACGAGCUACACUACGUCGAGGGCGACUCCGUUACCUUCACCGUCGUCGAGCACGAUGGGGACUUCGAUGACCUCUCCGGACGCCCCGGAUGCGAGUACGCCAGGUUACUUCACUUGAUCCCCCAACUAGCUGACCCAGACGAUGACCGAAGGCCAGUGACGGCCGUGCAGGUGACUGUUUCCCAACAGAGGCGUGGCUGUGGCCGUGUCCGUCCACCACUCGGCGUGCGACGGCUCCAGCUCCACCAGAUUCAUCUCCUCCUGGGCUUCUAG